CAAACAGAUCAGCCGGAAAUGACAGAGACACAGAGCAUCGUAGCAGAGCGAAAUCGCUAAACAGCAGAAGAAAACGGGAGAGGAAGAUAGAAGACGACCCGGGGCGGCAAAUAAUUUACACCUAUAUAUACCUUAAACACUCCGGCGAAGGGGUGGCGCCAGCACCGGCUCGCCCACCCCUGGUUCCGCCACUGCACGUGGGCUAAUGUGUGAAUAAAUCCUACUCCGUGAAAAUGGAGUAAUAGACGGUCAAGGACAGCUAUGGUGGCAGAUGUUUAAGAACAAUAAGUUGAAGAAUACAAGGCCUUAUCUCAUUGAGAUUAUGCAUUCUAGUCACAUCCAAAUAACAAAUCUCAAAUUAGUGAAUUCUCCAUCAUGGGUUGUUCAUCCCGUUUACAGCAGUGACAUUAUAAUUGAACAUUUGACAAUUUCUGCCCCCUUGGAUUCCCCGAACACUGAUGGAAUUAAUCCAGAUUCUUGUUCAAACGUGAGAAUAUGGGACAACUGCAUUCAAUCCGGGGACGAUUGUGUGGCAAUAAAGAGCGGUUGGGACGAAUACGGGACCAAAUUUAACAUGCCGUCCCGCCAAAUCUCCAUCAAAAGACUCACCUGCGUUUCCCCCACCAGCGCCACCGUCGCCAUCGGCAGCGAAAUGUCCGGCGGGGUGGAGGACGUCAGGGCGGAAGAUAUCACGGCCAUCAAUACCGAGUCGGGCAUAAGGGUGAAGACCACCCUCGGCAGGGGAAGCUACGUGAGAGACAUCUACCUCAGGAACGCCACGUUCCUGAAGUGGAUGAAGUACGUGUUCUGGGUGACGGCGGAUUACAGUAAGAAGUCUGACCACCCUGACGAUAAAUAUGACCCAAAAGCUAUCCCGAAGGUAACGGGGCUGAGCUUCUCAAAUAUCACGGCUCAGAACGUGACGUACGCCGGGAAACUUGUUGGGCUGAAGGCCGCCCCUUUCACAGACAUUUGCAUAUCUAACGCCACCAAUAUUGCUAUGCAUAUAGACAACGAGAAAAAAGAUGAGAAUAAGAAAGAACCCUGGAAUUGUACGAAUGUCGCCGGUAAUUGGAGCUCUGUCGCUCCCCCGCCGUGUAGCCUGCUUGUGAAAACGCCCGGUCUUCAGUGCGGAUUUCCCAGUGACAGACUUCCUAUCGAGAAUGUAAAAUUCCAGAGUUGUCCUCUGUACGGCAUAAAAUAAGAUAAUGGCCUAUAAUUUGCAUGUUCUUCAGAAUUACUAUGCUUUAUCCAUUCCUAAACUUCAGCGAACCUUACUUCAAUAUUUUAUGUGUUCUGCUCUAAAGUUUAAUAUCAAAAUGUUUUUUGUGUUCUGCUCUAAA